CGAAAACCAUGGACUCCCCACGUGAAGACCACCCUAGGAUAUCAAUAGAGUCUUACAAGGAUUUGAGGUUCAUUCAAAACAAUAUCCGCGAAGCCUUCAACGCCAGGCUGCGCACCGAACUCGAAUCAACAAAACCUCCAAUUAACGAACAGCUCGUCUCAUUUCGUUUGAAUGAAUACCUAGAAUCAGUUUUUGAUAUUGCUACGCCCAAUCUUCGUAUUAAUGGAAGGAGCUACGAGGACGACUCAGCGGAGCAGGAAGAGCUAGAGGCUUUUGACGAGGCCCUGGAUAGACAUAUUUGGUCGCUUUCCGACCAAAUGAUCAAGUGGGACAAAGAGCUUGCCGAACUACGCAGAUCAAAACCAGGGGAGAUAGUUGAUCUUCUUCAAAAGGCUUACGACAAACAUGCUGCUCUUGCUAACGAAGAGGGCCAAGACGCCGAUGAAGAGAUGGCAGAUGAAACGCAACUUGACGAAGCUGCCGACAUCGAGCAAAGAUUCUCUCAAACGACCUCACUCGCAACUCAACUGCUGCAAGUGAUACCUGUACAGCACGAGCGAGCAGAGCGUUUCAGAGUGGCAAGCGCAGAAGUCAAGUCUAUCAAGACAUAGCUAUUGCACAACUGCAGGCACCAAACGACGGGAGCUCCAGGAUCGGAUUUCAUGACCCUCUGAAGCCCCGGCCGCCCCGAGAAAAGCCGCGACCACCACCACCACCACCUCUGAAACCACCGCGGCCACGAUCUCCCCCAAAACCGCCCCUGCCCAUACCCCUUCCUCCUCCUCGCCCACCACGCUGGAAGCCGCCGCCUCUUGCUCCGCCGCCAC